AGCUAACAAAAAGAACGCGAAAGUAAUGCCAGUGUUUGACAGCGAAGACGAAGACAACGCCAAACCCAUGUCUUAUGACGAGAAACGACAGCUCAGUCUUGACAUCAAUAAACUGCCGGGUGAUAAAUUAGGAAAAGUAGUUCAUAUAAUCCAAUCUCGAGAGCCCUCUCUCAGGGACUCAAAUCCCGAUGAAAUAGAGAUAGAUUUUGAAACAUUAAAGCCGUCAACACUGAGAGAAUUGGAGAGUUAUGUGGCGACCUGUUUGCGGAAGAAACCCCGAAAGCCUUACAACACGAAGAACAAGCAGGCGUUGGCUUUGGCAGCCGCUGCCAAGACUAAGGAGGAACAGGAGAAGAAGAAACAGGAACUCGAG